AUGUUUCAGCGCCUCCGCGACGCCAUCGACUCUCGCAUCGCAGAGGAACAAGCCCGGCAAAAGUCCGCCCAAGAUUCCAUCUCUCGCUCCAAUUCUGCUCGCCGUCCACCCACCCGUAAUCUCUCUCCGAGUCGGCGCACCCGCCCAAGACGCAACACAGGCACUCCCGUCAGAGGACCGGACCCCAAGGAAUUCGAAGCGGAAUUCACCAUCGGGGACGAUGAUGAGUCCAGCCGGCCUGAUACUCCCCAAGUCGAUACAUCAGAAGCUGCCUCGGAAGUAGGCGCAGCCAACGAAGGCGGAUCUACUGAGAUGGAGGGCAAAACACCCGCGGAGUCGUCCGAGAAAGAGACCCCCAGCGCCCAGGAUGUUGAACCUCCCAAGGAGUCGUCAACUGAGCUGCCACCCGAUGUUCGGGCUAAGCUCCGCAGACUCGAUAAGCUCGAGGCGAGAUACCAUGAUUUGCUCAAGGCAUACCGCAUGGCGCACUCGCGCGUUCUAUCCAUUGAACCAUUUGAGGCCGCUCUACGCGAAAACACACCCCUCACCUCGAUUGGCGAACCCAAGGCUUUCACCGAGUACCUGAACCAAACAGCCCUGAAAAGCGAUAUGGUCAUGGACGAGCUGAAGCGCGUCACCGGCGAACGGGAAGACUACAAAAAGAAGAUGGAAGAAGCGCAGAAGUCUACCAAGGAGGCAUUGGAUGAGGUUACCGGACUCAAGGAGAGGCAAGAGAAGCAAGAGAAGCAAGAGAAGCAAGAGAAGCAAGAGAAGCAAGAGAAGCAAGAGAAGCAAGAGAAGCAGGAGAAGCAGGAAAAGCCCGAGGCCGACACGAACAAGGGAUCUGAUGGGACAGAGGAGACCAGCGAAGAAUUCUUUUCAUUUGACAACGAAGUCCCCCGUCUCGAGGGUGAACUCAAGGAGAAGCAAGAGGAGGUCGACAACCUCAAGGUUGAGGUGGAAAAGCUCAAGCGCGAUAUGUCUGUCACUCGUGAAUCGACGGAGGGUAUGGUGCAGAACCUUGAGACAGCCACUCGCGAGCUUGUUGAGUUGCGCGAAACUAAGGACAAGCUGGACGCGGAGAUUGAAACACUCAAGACCUCCAGCAAGGCUGACAAGGCCAAUGUUGAUGAUUUGAAGGCCAAGCUUGCUACAGCCGAAUCUUCUAUUGAGUCGACAUCCAAAGAGGUUGAGCAGCUUAAGUCGCAGCUCAAGGAAAAGACCGAAGAAAUCGAAAAGCUCCAGAACCAGGCUUCCGAAAAGACUGAGCCAGAUUUCGAUCUCGUUUCCCAAUUGGAUACAGCCAAGGAAGAGAAGAAGUCUGGCGAGAAGAAGCUGGUUGUUCUCCAGGGCUUGGUUGACGGCCUUCGAUCCCAGCUUCAGGAAACUGAAUCGACCGUCUUAGACCUCAAGACGGAGAUUAGCCAGAAGUCGGAAAGCUCUGAGAAGCUCCAGAAGAUUGUCGACUUUGUGGACGAGAACCUGAAGGACAACACUACAUGGAUAUCUACCAAGGACAAAGUUUCCUCUGGACAAAAGGCCGAUUUCGACGAGUUCCGGAAGAGUCUAGCACCAGCUAAGGAGGAAGAGCCAGCCCCUGCUGUCUCUACUCCUGCUCCUGUUGAAGAGGAAACCCAGCCUGCUCCAGCAGCUAUUGCCGCCGGUGGUGGUGGAGGAGGAAAGAAGAAGAACAAGAAGAAGAAGAAGGGCGGAAAGACCGAGGAACCUACCAAGCCAGCCGAGGCAGCCCCUGCAGAGCAACCAACCCAGGAGAAGGCUGCUCCAGCCUCCGAUGAACUCAAUGAUCUUAAGUCAAAGCUGGAGUCAUUGACGCAACAGCUGUCCGAGAAGGAAGCGGCCAUUGAUCGCUUGAGUGCCAAGCUGAAGGGCGAAGACAACCUCAAGGAGGAAAUUGAAUCUCUGCGCGAUGACCUCAUCAACAUAGGCCAGGAACACGUCGCAGCUAAGGAUCAGAUCAAGGAGCUUUCCGCAGAGAAGGCGGCCCUUGAAGAAACCAUUACCAAGCUCGAGAAGGAACUGGUUGACCUUCGCACUAGCAACGCUUCGACCUCAGCUGACUCGGAGAAACUCCACACCUCUCUCAAGGAGGAGUUUGAGACCCUCAAGAUUCGCUCGGCAACCCUUGAGACCGAUCUUUCUGCCGCCCAGCAGCUGGCUGCCACUCGGUUCAAGGACCUCACAGCCCUACGCGAGACUCUUCAGAAGGUUCAACCCGAGCUGCGAAACUUGCGUGCUGAGUCUUCGGAGUUGAAGAACCUGAAAGAGACCCUUACUAGCAAGAACUCCGAGCUGAAGGCUCUAGAGGGCAAGCAUGAGGAUCUGCGUGCCGAGCUGAAGUCCGCCAAGUCGAAGAUCACAGAGCGCGACACGGAAGUGGGCACUCUAAACAAGAAGAUUCGACAGGAAACCGACAGCCGCCUGAAGGCAGAGGAGAAAUUCAGUAUUGCUCAGUCCGAGCUGCGCGCCUCCGAAAGCAAAAAGCAAGAUGCCAUCAAUGCCAGAGAUAAGACUAGCGGUGAUCUCUCUAAGGCACAGGAUGGAUUGAAGAGUACUCGUGCCAAGAUGCGCGAGAUGGAUGAUCAGAUCUCUCAGUUGAACAAGGAGCUUGCUGGUCUCCGGGAAGAGAUCCAGCUGAAGACUGCGCAGCACAGCAGCGCUCAGAGCUUGAUGAACAGUAUGCGCGAUCAAACAUCGGAAAUGGCAAUGCAGAUGAAGGAGGCACGUGAACGUUGCGAGAGUCUGGACGAAGAACUGGCCGACGCUCACCGUCUGCUCAGUGAGCGAACCCGUGAAGGCGAGACUAUGCGCCGACUGCUCAAUGACAUUGAGGGUCGUGCGGAGUCCAAGGUGCGUGACUUCAAGGAACGCAUGGAGGCCGCUAUCGAAGAGCGGGACCGCGCCGAAGACGAAGCCAGUAGCCAAGGCCGACGCCGUGCCAGAGAAAUGGAAGAAUUGAAGACUAAGGUCCGCGAGGCUGAGCGAGCAUUGCGCACAGCUGAAGAGGACAAGGAGGAGCUUGAGCAGUCCCAAAAGGAUUGGCGUCGUCGCCGUGACGAGCUGGAGUCUGUCUCUGAGCAAUCAUCGCAGGAAGUGACCGAGAUCCGCCAGGCCAUGGCUGGUCUACGCGAUGCACUUGAUGAAAGUGAGAAGCAGGUUCGUGACCUUGAAAAGGACAAGGCAGAGCUGCGCCGCUCCGUCGAAGAGACCAAUGCCCGGUUGGAGAAGCUUCGGAAAUCUCACAAAACCCUUGGCGAGGACGUUCGCCUGCGUGGGUCCCCAUCUGGUCGCCAGUCUUCACGAUCGUCCAUCGAUUCUGGGUCUCGCCGGGGACUUGCAUCUCCUUCAGCUAGAAGCGAGACACCCGUUGGACCACCCAGCAACGCCUCCAUCGACUACAUGUACUUGAAGAAUGUCCUUCUCCAGUUCCUAGAGCAAAAGGACAAGAACUACCAGAAGCAGCUGAUCCCUGUCCUGGGAAUGCUUCUACACUUUGACCGUGGGUCAAAUCCCUCCCCAGACUUAGCUGUCAAAUUUCCAACAGAAUGGACUUCAUACCUGCAUUCCACAGACCCAUGGCUGACCAACCCACCAUCCGCCUGGCAAUGCCAGAAGGCAAGUUUCCUCGUCCCCAUCACCAUCAUCACCAACCCAACCCAACCCAACCCAACCCCCAAACCCAAAACUAACACCCCACCAGACGUCCCCCUAAUCCUCCAAUUCAUCUGCGAACUAGCCGACUACGAAAAAGCCCUCCACGAAGUCGAAGCUACAGAAGAAUCCCUCCUAGCAACCCUCUCCUUCCCAGACACGCCCCCAAAACGCGGCGCCGUCUACACAGCCCUGAUAACCCCACCAGCAACAUCCACAACACCAAACCCCAUCCCCGUCGGCAUGGCCCUCUACUUCUACAACUACUCGACAUGGCGCUCCGCACCAGGAAUCUACCUGGAGGAUCUGUACGUGCAGCCGAGCGCGCGCGGCCACGGGUACGGGUUCAAGUUGUUGAAGUACCUUGCGAAACAGGUGCUUGAGGUCAAGGGACGCCGGCUUGAGUGGAGUGUGCUUACUUGGAAUGAGCCUAGUAUUCGCUUUUAUGAGCAGGUUGGCGCUAAGGGUAUGGAUGAGUGGCUGAAGAUGAUGGUUGAGGGGGAUGCGUUGGAUAAGUUGGCCGAGGGGGCGUAG